AUGGGAGAGCCGCUGGGUUGUCGCGGAAGAUACCAUUUCCCCUCUAAAAAUAGGGGGUGGAAGCAGGUGGCAGGUUUUUUUUUCAAUAUGCAGCAGUACGUGCAGGAGAGCGGGAAAUAAUAGGUGCCUCCUUUCUAUGGAGAAAGCCUUGCACAGGUACAUAAUUAAUUCCUCAUCUCCCCCUCUGGAACUGUUUUUGCUGUGCAGGCAACAUGCAUGGCAGGCUGAAGGUCAAGACAACAGAGGAGCAAGCCGAAGCCAAGCGUCUGGAGCGAGAGAAGAAACUACUCCAAUAUGUGACUGCCACCAAAGCCAUCUUUGAAAAGAGGAAAUUGAGUCAACUGGACAAGGAGGCCUUGGAGCUGACCAGCCAGGUCUUGGGUGCCAAUCCAGACUUUGCCACUCUCUGGAAUUUUCGGCGAGAGGUAUUCCUUCACCUGCAGGAAGAGACCCCGGAAGAGAUGCAAGCUCUGUGCAAGGCUGAGCUCUCCUUCCUGGAGUCUUGCCUCCGUGUGAAUCCCAAAUCUUAUGGGACGUGGUAUCAUCGCUGCUGGGUGAUGGGACACAUCCCAGAGCCGGAUUGGGCCCGGGAGCUGGAGCUGUGUGGCAAAUUCUUGGAGACUGAUGAACGCAACUUUCACUGUUGGGACUACCGCCGCUUCGUGGUGCAGCGUUCCCAGGUGCCUCCUGAGGACGAACUCGCCUUCAGUGACAGCCUCAUCACCCGAAAUUUCUCCAACUACUCCUCCUGGCAUUAUCGCAGCCGCCUCCUUCCGCAGCUUUACCCUGACCCCCAACAGCAAGGCCGGAUCACGGAGGAAAUCUUACUGAAAGAACUGGAACUCGUGCAGAAUGCCUUCUUCACUGACCCAAAUGACCAGAGUGCUUGGUUCUAUCAUCGCUGGCUACUGGGCAGAGCUGACCCAGAACCAACAAUUCGCUGUGUCUAUGUGAAUAGAGAAGACACCUCUUUGACAGUUGCGUUCUCGCACCCUGUGGCGAUUGCUCCAGCAUCUCAUGACUUAAUUGUAUUUGGGGAUGAGUCGCCUCUGGUGGUCCGUUGGCGCACGCCUGAUGGAAGGAACAGGCCGGGAUUUAUGUGGCUGUGUGACUUGCCAGCUUCAGCCCUCAAUGACCACUGGCCCCAGCACAAUUUCCGAGUCCUGUGGGCUGAAGGCCAGUCCCAGAAAGAGUGUGUCCUUUUCAAGGGCCACAGGGACAGCUGGAGCCAAGAUUCGGUCACUGAGGAACAAGUGUUCAGGUGUGAGCUCUCCACUGAGAAAUCAACUGUACUUCAGUCUGAACUGGAAUCCUGCAAAGAACUGCAGGCCCUGGAGCCAGAGAACAAGUGGUGCCUCUUGACCAUCAUUCUCCUCAUGAGAGCCUUAGACCCUUUGGUUUAUGAGCAUGAGACCCUUAGCUACUUUACUACCCUAAAGGCUGCUGACCCCAUGCGUUCAGCCUAUCUGGAUGACUUGCGCAGCAAGUUCCUGAUUGAGAACAGCAUCCUCAAGAUGGAAUAUGCCGAGUCCCGAGUUGUGGACUUGUCCCAGAGGGGCCUCACCAUUCUGUGCCACCUGGAGCACCUGUUGCUGGUCACGCACAUGAACCUUUCUGACAACCUUCUCCACAGUUUGCCUCCAACACUGGCCAUGAUGCGCUGCCUUGAGGUUUUGGAAGCCAAUGACAACCAGAUUGAGACCCUAGAAGGACUUCCCCCUCUCCCUCGGCUGGAGGAACUCUCCCUCUGCAACAACCGCCUUCGGCAGCCCACCAAUCUCCGAUCUCUGACCUCCUUCCCCAAACUCGCCCACCUCAACCUGCAAGGCAACCCCCUUUGCCAAAUCCCCAACAUCCAAUCUGAACUCAGUGGAUUGCUGCCAAAUGUGGCAACCAUUCUCACUUGAUUGGCCAUUGGGCACACGCACACACGCACCAUGUUGAAACUUGCCUCUCCCCCAGUGCCCUGAUACCUUCAAUUUAUUGGCAUGAGGAGAUUAAAAAAGAUAAGCAACUGGUUGGUGUUGUGAGCAACCAUCUUACUAUUGUCGUCUGAUCCCUAGAGUCAAUUGCAAUGAUUCCCUUCCCUGUUUUCAUUUCUCCCUCUCCAACACUCAGUCCACAAUUCCUAGUUGCCCUGCAUCCAUGGAAGUGCUCACUUGUAGUUGUUAUGCACCAUCAAGGUGGCUUGGACUUGGGAUGGCUCUAUGAAUGAGAGGCAUUUAAGAAAAUCUGUUACAAGCAGCCCAACUCGGAUCUUGCCAACUCAAGGCCCUGGAUUGUUUGGUUGAAUGAAUCCACCUGCAGUCUUCCUCUUCCAUUGACUUUACCAAGUAUUAUCAUCUUUUCUGUAUGAACCAGCGUGGUGUAGUGCUUUGAGCAAGACUGUGGAUACCAGGGUUAAUUAUGUAGUGCCAUUACUGUACAUGGUACUUUACAAAUAAAAGACCAACAAAAAACA